CUGACCUCUGGUCCAUAUUCGAAGGGAAAGAAGCCCCCUAUAAAACAGCCCACAGUGGCAAGUCUAACCUACAGAGCUGUGGGUCAGCUAUAGAGAGGGAGACUUAUCGCCACCAUGAAUUUCUCCGGCAAGUACCAACUGCAGAGCCAGGAAAACUUUGAACCCUUUAUGAAGGCAAUGGGUGAGUGCAAGACAGUGGUUCAGAUGGAAGGCAAUAAUAAGCUGGUGACAACUUUAAAAAACAUCAAGUCCGUGACUGAACUCAACGGCGACACAAUGACCAAUACCAUGACAUUGGGUGACAUUGCCUACAAGAGAAUCAGCAAGAGAAUUUAGACAAGUCAGCAUUUCAUAUUCUUUUACUGUCCAAAGUUAAUGUAAUAAAGUGAACUUUGUUUUAAAAAUA